CGAGCUGACCCUCAGCCUCCAGCAUGGCCGGAACCCCAACCUGCCCCCGCUCAGUGAAAGGAAGAACGUGCUGCAGUUGAAGCUCCAGCAGCGACGCACGCGGGAGGAGUUGGUGAGCCAAGGGAUCAUGCCGCCUCUGAAAAGUCCAGCUGCAUUUCAUGAACAAAGAAAGAGUUUGGAGCGUGCCAGGACAGAGGACUAUCUGAAACGCAAAAUCCGCUCCCGGCCCGAGAGAUCAGAGCUGGUUAGGAUGCACAUUCUGGAAGAGACCUCAGCUGAACCCUCCUUGCAGGCUAAGCAGCUGAAGCUGAAGAGAGCCAGACUGGCAGAUGACCUCAAUGAGAAGAUAGCACAGAGGCCAGGGCCCAUGGAGCUGGUGGAGAAGAACAUCUUGCCUGUAGAAUCCAGCCUGAAGGAAGCUAUUAUUGUUGGACAGGUGAACUACCCAAAGGUUGCAGACAACUCCUCCUUUGAUGAGGACAGCAGUGAUGCCCUCUCCCCAGAACAGCCAGCCAGCCAUGAGUCCCAAGGCUCUGUGCCAUCGCCGAUGGACUCCCGGAUUUGUGAGCCUCUCCCUAGCACCACUGGCACAUCACUAGCUCAGGGUUCAUCCCAGUUGCAGAUUAGUGCAGACUCCAGUGAAACUCUUUUCCUACCUGAGCAGCCACCUCCACCACUGCCACCUCCACCUCUUCUGCCUCCUAGUCUUACCAAUGGAGUGGCUCUUACUGCUGCCAAGCCCCCACCAACACUCAUUAAGCAAAGCCAGCCCAAGUCCGCUAGUGAGAAGUCUCAGCGCAGUAAAAAAGCCAAGGAGUUGAAGCCGAAAGUCAAGAAGCUAAAGUAUCAUCAGUAUAUUCCCCCGGACCAAAAGCAGGACAAGGGAGCUCCUCCCAUGGAUUCAUCCUAUGCCAAAAUACUGCAGCAACAGCAGCUCUUUCUCCAGCUUCAGAUCCUCAACCAGCAGCAGCAGCACUACAACUAUCAGACCAUCCUGCCAGCCCCACCUAAGCCUCCAGGAGAGCAGCAGAGUGGUGCCAGUGCCCCUGCCGUACGCAAUCUCUCCGCCACAGUCAGCAGCACACCUUCAGUAUCUUCUGGUUCAGGUGGGCUGAUGAGACAAAACAGUAACGCUGCAGUGGGCAAGCCUGGCCCUCUCCCUGCCAACCUGGAUGAGAUGAAGGUAGCAGAGCUGAAGCAGGAGCUAAAGUUGAGGGCCUUGCCUGUCUCGGGCACAAAGACGGACCUGAUUGAGCGUCUCCGAGCUUACCAAGAGCAGAACGGUGCAGCCGGCCAAACGACCCCCACUCCCAAGCCCAGCACAGCAGCCGUCCUCCCUAAAGCUGCUGAGGUGGUGGUGGCCUUCCCAACUGCCAGGCUGAGCACAGGGCCAGCCCUGGUCACCACUGGCAUUGCACCAGCAGAAGUAGUUGUGGCCACAGUUACUGGUGGCGGCGUGAUGAAGUUUGGGAGCACAGGCUCAACUCCUCCUGUUUCUCCAACUCCUUCUGAGCGCUCGCAAAUGAGUACAGGGGAUGAAAACUCGGGCACUGGAGAUACCUUUGGAGAGAUGGUGACUUCCCCUCUGACCCAGCUCACCUUGCAGACAUCUCCAGUGCAGUUCUUGGUGAAGGAAGAAAGCUCCAAGUCCGCUUCCUGCAGCAUAAAUGUGGCACCCAAGUCAGAGUGGUGUGGUGCUGGUAACAGCAGAGAUGCAGAAGUUAGGGACAAAGACCAGAUGCUGCAGGAGAAGGACAAGCAGAUUGAGGAACUCACCCGCAUGCUGAAACAGAAGCAGCAGCUGGUGGAGAUGCUUAGGCUGCAGCUGGAGCAGGAGAAGCGCUCCCAGCAGUCCCAGCCAGCCCCAGCAGCCGCGGGAGAAGGAACAGCCCUGGCCUCCAAGCCGGGAGCGUUUGGCGCCCAGGUCAAGAGUGAAAACGGUUUCCUGAGUUGCCAGUGUGCGAAGCAAUCCAGUGGCCAAACAGAGCAGUUCAGCCCCGCACCCAGCGCCAGCCAAAUGGACACUUCCAACCCAAGCGCAGUGCCAAAGAAAGCCGUGCUGGUGAAGCAGGAGGAGGCGGAGCCGCCGUGCCAGUCCCACAGCCCGCAGCUUGUCCUUGGCCAGCAAGGGAGCGCCCUCGUCAAGGGCACCCCUCCCCCCACCCUCAUCACUGACUCCACAGGGACCCACAUUGUCCUCACCGUGACCAAGCAGAGCGCCGAGAGGCAGGGCCUCUCUCCCCACGGGAUGGCAGCGAGCAGCUGCCCACCCCUGCAGAGCGUACAAUCAUCACCCGCUAAAACUUCCAGCCAACUGCCGUGUCAGGUACCUGCAAGCACCCCUCAGCAGCCCACACAACAGCAGCAGCAGCAGCAGCAGCAGCAGCAGCCCAGAGGACCAAACCAAUCUAAGUCCUCAUCACAGCCUGGCUCUCCUGCUGCCCCUUCCCCCUCCCAGAUGGACCUGGAGCAGCAGCAGCACACGCCGCUUUUUGGAACUCCUCCACCUUCUCUUCCGGUUCCCUCGGUCCCAGUGAAAGAGCCACCACCAGGCUAUGAAGAGGCCAUGAAGCAACAGCCAAAGGCCCAGGAGAACGGCUGUUCCAGCCAGCAGAUGGACGACCUGUUUGAUAUCCUCAUCGAAAGUGGAGAGAUUUCUGCUGACUUCAAGGAUCAGUCGUCCCCAGCUGGGAAAGAGGUGCCCGUGGCCCCGGCGUGUUCCCCAGCGCCCAGCAGCCAGCACUCCUCGGAGCUGCCGGUGUCCCUGGGGCAGCCGGUGCUGCCGGGCCGCCUGGAGGACUUCCUGGAGAGCAGCACGGGCCUCCCGCUGCUGACGGCGGGCCACGACGGGCCGGAGCCCCUGUCCCUCAUCGAUGACCUCCACAGUGAGAUGCUGAGCAGCUCGGCCAUCCUGGACCACCCGCCUUCACCCAUGGACACCUCGGAAUUGCACUUUGCUCACGAGCCGUCUGGGGGCAUAGCCCUGGAUCUGGCUGAGGCUAACUUGGACAGCAUGGACUGGCUGGAGCUGCCAGGGGGUUCUGUCAUGAGCCUGGCUCCCCUGAGCACCACGGCUCCCAGCCUCUUUUCCACAGACUUUCUUGAUGGACAUGAUCUGCAGCUGCACUGGGAUUCUUGCUUGUAAUUCUGUGAGCAGAGACUGAAGGGAACGGGAGUGGGAGGGCACAGGCAUGCAGAGGGAAGAGGCCAGUCAACCAAAAAAAAAGAAAAAGAAAGAGCUCCUAGUAUUUGUACUCCUCCCCUAACAGUGUCCUUCCUGCGUGAAGCCAGCAGUGGGCCGGGCCAGGGCAGGGAGAUCGGCUGCUGGGGUGGGGGGGGAAAGGGGCAGGAGGAGCUGUGGAGCUGGUGGCCUCCUGCCCCCUCCACACAGCCUGGCCAGCUGGGGUGAGAGCAGAACUGGCAGCCCCUGUUCCUCCAGGCAGGAGCAAUGGCAGCACAUUGUUCCCUCACGUGGGACAGAGCAUGACUGGGCCUGAGCUGUUUCCAGAAGCAGUGCUCUGCGCCUUCCUGGGAUUGGCAGAUAGAGGGGGUUGUGCUGCCCCAGCACGGUUGGUCUUAACGGUUGUGGAAAUGGAUUCUACCUCUGGAGCAGGACACAAAGGCAGGAGGGCUGGCUGGGGCCCAGAGCAGCUGCCCUCUGCACCACCUGCCAUCUCUCAGGGGAGGGUCUGAUCUGCCGCAGGGCUGGGAGGAGCUGGGCAGAACAGGCACCUUCUCUAAAUGUAGCCAAAGGGAACCAGGGCUCCCCACCAACCUGCUAAUGUCUAAGCUGGUUUCCAAAUAUUGCUGAGCUUGGCAGAGGCCUGCCCGCUAGCUUCACUCACUUUGGGCUGCAAAACAGGUUCUUAAGGUGCUAAAAUCAGGUCCUUAUAUGUUAAAACUGCUGUCAGGCACAGCCCAUUGCCCCCAGCUCCCAUGGCACUCCUGACAUCCAGGUGAGCAGGGCACUCAGCCUGGGCAGGGACCUGGGCAGUCAGCCUGGCGUGUCCUGGGGAGCGGGUGAGGGGCACAGCUGGCAAUCAGUAACAUAUCAUUGGGGGCCAUGUGCAAUCUGUCUCUGCCUUCACUGUGUUGGUGCCUCACUGUAACACGUGCCCCAGUGGAAAGCAGCAGCUGGGAAUGGAUGUUGGACCCCAUAGGCAAGGAAGGGGAAGUGGGACUGCAAGAGUGGUGUUGUGUGGCACAGCACAGGUCCUGGCUCAGUGACUGUGAGGGCCCCUUGCUGGGGAGGAGCCUGAAAGCAAGUAUUGGGCAGCUGACCUCUGCUCCUCCCUCCCUCCAAAGUAAAUGGCUGCUUACUUUGAGCUGGUGCCCUGUGUCCCUGUGGGGCCCCAGGCUGGUGCCUUGGGACAACUGCAGGCUGAGGAGUGGGUGUACAAGCCCCCAGGACCUCAGAGCCAUGACAAUGCUAUUCCUUGGGCAGGGCUCUGUGGUGGAGCACCAGGCCUGUGGCUCACUCUUAUGCUGUUACUUUCGAAUUCCUGUGUCAGUAACUCACAGCCACACUGAGCAGGUGGGACGUGGCCACCUCGCCACAAGGCUGUCCCUGCUUUGGCCCUGAGCUGGGUCCAGGCUGCUCGUGCUGAGUGAGGUGGGGGAAGCUGUGGCUUCUGAAGUCAUCCAGACUGAGGUACUGACCUGCUCAGGCAAUGGAAGGAUGAACUGCCAUCCUUCUCAGUAUCUCCUUGAGGAUGCUGUUCCCACCUUUCCCCCACGGUGGGCUGCAGAGCUUCCUGCUGGGGAAGGGUAGCUGUGAGCCCUGUGCUUCUUCCCUGCAACUUUGGUACCUGGUCCUCUUCCCAGGGAGAGGCUGUGCCACAGGGGUGCUGGUACCUCUGCUCCAUGGUGAGCCAGGUAAAUGCCAACCCUGCACAAUGUGCUCUCCCUCAGCCACUGAACUGGCAGCUGGGAGAUACUCCUGCUUUCCUGAGCCCUUUGCUUGUUAACUGCAUGGGGAGCCACUUUCCUAAUCAUUAGCAGGGGGAGCCUGCUGGCAGCUUCCUUUCUUUCCCCUCCUCUCUCCUCUGGCCCUGAGCUGUAAGCAAGUUGGAGCCUCUUACCUGCCUCCCUCAGUGUCCGGGUUGGGGAGGACACCACUCCCCCCUCCCCUUCCCCACAGGCUUUCUAUUCCUCAAACUACAGUGUCACAUCCUAAAAAUCAGAAUAAAAGAGUCUGGUGAGCACCCUCUUUAUCCUCCCGAGCCCUCCUGAAUUCUUCCCUGGCACAGCCCAGGUGCUCACUGGGAGCAGUGAGUACUUACCAAUCACCUUAAGGAGCUUUCACCUGCUCUGCCCAGCUGUGGGGGCAGGAGGCAAGGAGUUUCUAAGGAGGAAAGUAUGGGGGGAGUGGGAGGAUCUCCGAGAUGCUAGGGGCAAAAUGUGAGGCUGCCUGUUUGUCAGACUCAAGGAAAAUCAGGUUCUUCAGCCCAUAGUUGCAGUAGCCCCCACAAAAACGAGCUGUGUGAUUUCUUUGGUACAAAUAAUUACAAUUCUACAGCUAUUAAAUAAAGAAGGAAAUUAUCAAUAAAGUGCAAUGAGUUCCUAGAGGAAGGUGGGAGACUCCAGCUGCAGUCCUGGCCUGACCCAGCCCUGGUUCCUUGCCCUGAGCCAGGUACUCUAGUGAUUGGCAGAGAGAUGCCAAUGCCUGAUAGCAGUGUAGCCCUUCCCAGAGAUUGCUGGAGGAAGGCUGAGCUCCCUUGCACUUUCACCCAUCCACCAUCAGGUGUGAAACUGUAGGAAUUUAAUGACCCUGACUUUGCCAAUGCUGAAGAGCUUCAAGGAGCCCAGAGGAUGCAACCAUGAGCCUCAUGUCCUGAGGAGCCCAGCUGACCUGUGGGAGCCCCUCUGCACAAGGGGCUUCUGCCAGGAGAGUGAGUGUGGGCAGAGGGGAAGGUGGUGCCUCAGCCCUGAAAACGUUAGAAAGUCUUUUCCCCAAGCAGUGCCCAGAGCAGGCUUGCCCAGUUCUCUGCUUUCUUACUAUUAUUUCUUUGAAUAAUAGUUCAAUAGUUCUUUGUUGGAAGAGGUAUUCCCCUGGACAUACAUUUUUGCACCCAUUGGGAAAAACAAAGUCUGAUGUUCUGCCUCUACCUUGAAUGUAAUCCUGAAUCUUUCUGCUGUAACCACUACUUGUUUGUAAUGUGUAUUUGACUAGCACGCACUCUCCCUUCCACUAUGCAGCCACUGGCGAGGGGCGAUCAGCACCAUCACAGUCGGAUGGUGCUGGGGCAUCGGAUCCACAGCGAGUAUUCAACUGGAAAAGGAUAAAAGUGACAAGUUAAUGGGGGAGAGAAUCGAUCUUUAAAUUGAAUUAUUUUUUCAGUUACAAAUAUUUGAAGAAAAAAAAUCCAUUUUAUUAAAAAAAUUCCAAACAGC